AUGUUUUCUUCCGUUAUUGAUGUGCUUGAUGUGAUUGUCGAAGAUGGUGCGAAUUCGGAACAAAAAGGCCAAGCUUGUGCCUUACUUGCUCUAAUACAAUCAUUUGAGUUUGCCUUUGACUUACAUUUGAUGAAAAGGUUAUUGGCACUAACAAAUGAUUUGUCACAAGCAUUGCAAAGAAAAGAUCAAGAUAUCAUCAAUGUAAUAGGCUUGGUCAAGAUUUCUAAGCAACGACUCCAAGAAAUGAGAGAUUCCGGGUGGGAAUCUUUGCUUAUUGAAGUGUCUUCUUUUUGUGAGAAAAAUAAUAUCAAUGUCCCAAAGAUGGAUGACAAGUUUGUGGAUAAAGGAAGAUCACGAAGGAAUUCUCAAAAUGUUACGAACUUGUAUCAUUAUCAAGUGGAGUCUUUUUUUACUAUUGUUGACAUGCAACUUCAAGAACUAAACAACCGUUUCACGGAGACAAAUUCAGAGUUACUUCUUUGCAUUGCUUGCUUAAAUCCUAAGGAUUCUUUUGCGGCAUUUGAUAAACAAAAGUUGAUUCGACUUGCUCAAUUUUAUCCUUAUGAAUUUUCAAGGGUUCAAAUUGCUAUACUUAAAAAUCAAUUGGAAACUUAUAUUUUUGAUAUGAGAUCCGACAAUCGAUUCUCAAAAGUUCAAGGCAUCGGUGAUCUUUCCAAGACUUUAGUUGAAACAAGGAAGAAUGUUUUGUAUCCUCUAGUUUUUUUGUUAGUGAAAUUAGCUCUAAUUUUGCCGGUUGCAACGGCAUCGGUAGAAAGAGUAUUUUCGGCUAUGAAUUUGGUGAAGACUAGACUAAGUAAUCGUUUAGGAGAUACUUUCUUAAAUGAUGGUUUAGUUACGUAUAUUGAGAGGGAAAUAUUUGAUAGCAUUGAUAAUGUGAAAAUCAUUCAAGGCUAUCAAAAUAUGAAGUCUCGUAGGGAACAACUAUGA